AUGGCUAAAGAUGACCCUAACAAUUUGUGGACCGAAGAUUUUCUCAACACUAUUGCUCCAGGUGGAUUGCCUCCUCACAGGCUUAUACUCAAGAUAGGUGCUCCGAUAAUUCUUUGGAGGAAUCUUGAUCCCAGUUAUGGUCUUUGCAACGGCACGAGGUUGCGAUGCAAAUAUUUGUAUAGAAACUUCAUUGAUGCGGAGAUCAUUACUGGUAGUUGUUCAAGGCUCAGAGUCUUGAUUCCAAUGAUACCCAUGGAACCUCCCAAAGAGGUGAUACCCCCAUUCAAGUUCGUCCGCAAGCAAUUUCCAGUUCGUGCAGGUUUUGCACUUACGAUAAACAAGGCACAAGGGCAUACAAUACCACAUGUUGGUAUUUAUCUACUAGAACCGGUGUUUAGUCACGGACAAUUAUAUGUUGCUUUGUCUAGGGGAGUUUCAAGAACUACAACAAAAGUGUUAGUUAAGAAUGGAGUUCUUCUGGAUGUCUCUGAAACAUGUAUUAAAAAUGUUGUGUUCCAAGAUGUUCUCAGAUCGUCUGACAUUUCUAUAGCAAAUAACUAA